AACGAUGUGAUCAUCGUAUUUAUUGAUGUUUUUCUAAUGAAACGAUCAAACAUUGAACGAACAAUGGCGGUUAUUGAUCUGAGAGUCGAUGACGUUCUUAAGAAAUCGUUAAUCUCUUUGAAUAUAAAUUAGCGAGAGGAUACUCGAAGGAGAAAUGGAGUGGGAGAACUAGCCGUUAUCUAAUGUCAGUCUUCUCGUGUUCGUUGGCGUUAGAUGUCGGUGAUAUGUGAACGUUGAUCAACGAGUAUUCUUCUCUUUGUGAUUUUUUUUUUUUUUUAAACCAUGGAACACGAUAUCGAGAGGAACAUUGAGAAAGGUGACAAAAUGGACGCCGAAGCAGCUUUACUCGAAAAUUCACCGACGUUGUCAACAAUAUCGUCGGAAUUGACAGAUACGACUUAUUCGGUACCAGGCUCACCUUACUCGUCAGAAUCUCCGAUCAUCGCGACAUCAUCGUACAGAAAGACACAUACCAAUGACGAAACUACGAUCAAGCCGACGCCAAGGUAUUCACAGGCCACCAGGAAGCCUAAUUUUCGGAUACGACCGCCUUACCUAAUGAUAUGCAUCAGUAUCAUAGAGAUAACCGUCCACUGCUUCGGAGACGAGGCGACGUUGCGAAGAUGGUUGGUCUAUGACCCUCGGCAAAGGGUUCAAGGGUGGAGGUUCGCCUCGUACAUGCUUCUACACUCCAACGCGCUUCACCUUGCGCUCAACGUGCUCAUCCAGCUGGUCCUGGCUACUCCACUCGAGGUUGAACAAGGAAGAAUGGGAGUAGCAACGAUUUAUUUAGGUGGUGGUGUUUGCGGAGCUUUGGGUGCUUCACUUUUGCAACCUAGUCUUUAUCUAGUCGGAGCUUCGGCAGGAGUAUAUGCGUUACUUACCAGCCAUCUUGCUCAUCUUUACUUGUGUCACGGUGAGCUACGUUACGCGGGAUGGCGUUUAGGUGCUGUCCUGUUACUCGCUGGAGCAGAUGUCGCAUCAUUACCAAUACCAACCUUAUUGGGCUGCGGAAGGGUUGGUUGGGCUGCUCACGUAGCCGGUGCAUUAGCAGGACCACUUCUGGGUCUUGCAGUUUUCCCUAAACAAAGCAAGAAGGAUUCACGAGGACGAAGAUUCGUCAGAUUCGUUAGAUUAAUAUCUGGCGUUAGCGUUAUGUUAUUAAUAGUUGGCGCGAUAUUGGGUAACGUAUAUCUGAUUGCAUUACCCCAAAUUAAAAAGCCAUCCUGACAGAGGAUAGAAAUGCUCGUAAAACUCUGCAAGAGGUCGUUCCUGAUCGUCAAGAUCCGUGAGGCCGCCGACAGUGUCUUCGAGUAAAAUCAAUCAUCUUUUUUUUUUUCUUUUCUUUUCUUUUCUUUUUUUUUCUUGUAAAUAUAUAUAUAUAUAUAUAUAUAUAUAUAUAUAUAUAUAUAUUUAUAAGGGAAAUAUCUCAUCGUUAUGGUUCCCAUAGCGCAUCGGAUCGAUAAUAAUCAUUAUGAUAUUAUUAGCGCGUUUAAUAAAAAAAAUCGCGUUAAAGAAAAAAGGAAAAAAAGGAAAAACAAGAAGAAGAAUAAAUAAGAAAUAAGAAGAAGAAACUCUUAAUCGUGUUAACCAAUAAGAGAUUAUAAUGACCGAAGAAAUCUCCUUAAAGAAAAUUUCUUUAAGGAAAAAUUUUUAUUCUCUAUUUAACAGUAAUCAAAACUUUCCAAUUAAAAACGAUUUGAGAAAUAUCGUUUUCUCUUCUUUGAUUUAUUUAUUAUUAUUAUUAUUAUUAUUAUUAUUAUUAUUAUUAUUAUUAUUAUUAUUAUUAUAUUUUUAAUAUUAUUAUUAUUAUUAUUAUUAUUAUUAUUAUUAUUAUAUAAAAAAAAAUAAGAAGAAGAAAAUAAUAAAAUGGUGCGAGAAUAGAUCGAUUAGAUCAUUAAAGAGACUCGUAUAGUUAGAAGAGAGAGAGAGAGAGAGAGAGAGAGAGAGAGAGAGUUUAGAAGUUCGUAUUUUCUCGACGUUUUCUUCUGUAUUUAAUAUUACUCGAAAUUCAGAGCUAUCGCUUUAGUAAGCGAGUGGGAGAACAAUUACGAAAGAUCGAAUAAACGGAACGAAAAUUAAACGUUAAUAGACAGAUAGAGAGAGAGAGAGAGAGAGAGAGAGAGAGAGAGAGAGAGAGAGAGAGAGAAAGAGAGAUAAUCAAUUUAAAGGAAUUCUAGCAACGAGCGAUGUUUCGAUACACGCUUCUUCGUUUUUUACGUGUUCCACUGCCUCGUGAAAAAUCGUACCGGAUAUGCACGUUCAAACUCUAUUACGCGUUCGACUAGUUUCAGUGCCAUAGUUUAUUCUAUUAAUACAAAAAAAAAAAGGAAAGAAAGAAAGAAAAAAAAAAAUAUAUAUAUAUAUAUGUAUAUAUAUAUAUAUAUAAAAGGUUUGCUCUUCGAUACGAUUCGAUUCGAUUCGAUUCGAUUCGAUUCGAUUCGAUUCGAUUCGAUUCGAUUCGAUUCGGUUCGGUUCGAUUCAUCUAACUUUAAAUAUUCGCGUCACACGUGUUACGUGUUACGUAAAUAAAAUUUUUACUAUUCACGUGAACCUAUUAUGUUGUUCGAAAAAUUAAUAAUAAUAAUAAUAAUAAUAAUAAUAAUAAUAAUAAUAAUAGUAAUUAAGUGAAAAAAAAGAAAGAAAGAAAUUAAAUUAAAGUAAAUCAAGAAAAUAAUCAGAGGAAAAUAAUUGAUUUAAUCGUUUUUCUAUUCCUCGUUAAUAGAUAAGCCUCGAAAGUUUAUUGUUAAUAAAACGUCUUAAAUCUACUUCUUACGAUUUCUUUUAAUU